AUGUCAUUCAGAAAGAGAGGUGAAGUCAUAGGAAGACCAAAUGCCAGAGUACCUAAUGUCAUUGCAGGUCGUGGUGGUGAACCAGUCACAGCGCCAGGUAUUCCAGGUAGAGCACCAUUAGGACCAGGUAUUCCAGGAAGAGUUCCACCAUCUGGAAUGACUCCAGAACUUUUAGCGAACCAAGUGCAAAAUCUAAGUGUUGAAGAAGUUGUAAAACAUCCUGGUGUAAGACCUUCAUCAAUUACAUCACAAGCUACAGUAUCCACUGGUAGUGCUGAUCUUGACAAGAUCUUGGGACAUCAAGGUUUACCUUUGGGAAGCUCCUUAUUAAUUGAAGAGAAUGGUACUACUGAUUUUGCCAGUGUUUUAAUGAAGUCCUUUGCAAGUCAAGGUAUUGUACAUAGCAGACUUGAUCCAAAAAAUUCAAACACACAUGUUAUUGUUUUGAGUUCUAACAAUAGUUGGGGUAAAGAGCUACCUGGUAUUUAUAAAGGUAGUAGUAGAGAUCAAAAAAAGAGCAGGAUUUUAGCUAAUGAAAAUAAAGUUUCUGUUCAAAAUUUAUUAGAUAAUGUUGAAAGACCAACUACACCAUCAAAAGCUAAAACUGAAACAAAAGAUAACGACUUGAGAAUUGCUUGGAGAUAUGGUUUGAAUGAUGGUGCCAAAAAGCAACAGACUGCCAAUCUUGAUAAUGAAACUUAUAAAGAUUUCAAUAACCAAUUCGAUAUUACUAGUCGUUUGACACCAACUCCAAAUGCAAAUGAAAUCACAUAUAUCCCAUUAGGGCCAAGUUUCAAGCCAGUGAUCAAGCAAUUGGAACUAACGAUACAAAAACACAAGAAUAAAGUUAUCAGAUUAGUUAUUCCAUCAUUUCUCAACCCUUCAAUGUAUCCUCCACCAUUAACCACAUCUCAAGAAUCAUUACAAUUUAUACAUUCAUUAAGAUCAUUAACAAGAAAAUAUUCCAAAAGUUUAGUGAUUGGGAUGUCAAUAGCACUUGAUUUGUUUCCUCGUGAGACUUCAUUAGUGAAAAACAUUGAAAUUUUAUCAGAUGCUGUAUUCAAUUUAGAACCAUUUGGUCAAGAUAUGUUAAAAUUCCUUGAAAAGGCUUAUCAUAAUCAACCAACAAAAGUUCAGCAUGGUUUAGUCCAUGUUUAUAAAGUUCCUCAAUUGAGUGAAAGAGGUCAAAUGCUUAUAAUGAAGAGUGAAUUUGCAUUUAAGAAUGGUAAAAAGAAGUUUGAAAUUGAAGAAUGGGGUAUUCCAGUUGAAGAUGAAGGUGAACCUCAACAAACUACACAGAAUAUUGAUUUUUGA